GAGAAAUCACAGAUCCGAUCCGGAUAUAUUUAUCAGGUGACAUGUCACGUGACGAAAUGAAUUUUAUUUUCAAAUCCACAUCCACGACCACAACAUGGCAAAAGAGGUGGAAAAUUUCAAUGGUUGUUAUUGCCUAGUGAGCACCAAUCCAUUAUAUAAGGGAAGAACCUAUAUUGGUUACACAGUGGACCCAAAAAGGAGAGUUGGGCAACACAACAAAGGUUCCAAAUUUGGAGGAGCGUACAGGACGAGUGGAAAGGGUCCGUGGGAUAUGGUACUGAUCAUAUUUGGCUUUCCAAAUGAAAUAACAGCACUAAGAUUUGAAUGGGCAUGGCAACAUCCAACAAAGUCAAGACGACUGCGGCACAUCUCUCGUAAGACCCAUAAAGAGACAGCAUUUCAGUACCGCUUCCGGGUUGUCUCCAACAUGCUUCGUGUUGGACCCUGGUGUCGUCUUCCUCUCACAAUUCAGUGGCUCAUGCAAGAAUACAAGCAAGACUUUGAUGUCAGGCUGCAACCCCCAAGUCACAUGCCCAUAUCGUACGGUCAGGUGACCAGUACAAAGGUCAGUGGCUAUGGGAACCCAAGGCGGAUGAAGAAAAGGAAAGGAAAGAAGGAAAAGAGCUCAGAUUCUCAGGAGGUUCCUGAUGAAGACGAUGAUGUAGUAGCAAUCCCUUCAAGUCAGACUGCUGGCAAACGAUGCAUUAUUUGUGGAAAGAGAUUUAUGGAUGAUGACACCAUGCUGACUUGUCUUUACCCAUCAUGCAAAGCAGAGUAUCACAUGACCUGCCUUUCAAAGUGCUUCCUGAAACAUGAGCCUGACCAACUCUUGCCAGUAGAGGGCUCCUGUCCAUCCUGCAAGGAGACUGUCUUGUGGGGUGACCUGAUUAGGAAGAAACAAGGCUGCUAUGCAAACUUGGCAGAGAUAUCAGAAGAGGGUGAAUCCGACCACUGGGCUGAAGAGCUUAGACCAACAGACACAGCAUGAAACU